AUGGGACUGGUGGAAGUUCCACGAUGUUACCGGACAUUGACAACGGUAAGGGCUAAAGCAGAGAUGCACACGUUCGUGGAUGCAAGCGAGAACGGCUUUGCAGCGGUCGUAUAUCUAAGAUUCCAAGAACGGGAUGCUAUCGAAUGCUCAUUAGUAGGAGCAAAAACUAGAGUAGCACCCCUUAAAUUCUUGUCCAUCCCAAAGUCCGAACUUCAAGCAGCUCUACUCGGCGUUCGAUUAGCGGAUACAAUACUGGCCUCUCUUUCUAUCAAGAUCAGCAAGCGAUACUUUUGGACAGAUUCCAAAGAUGUAUUAUGCUGGUUGAGAUCCGACCAUCGCCGAUAUAGCCAGUUUGUAGCAUUCCGCGUCAGUGAAAUCUUGGAGUCGACCGACGUUAAUGAUUGGCGAUGGAUUCCGACGAAACUGAACGUCGCCGAUGAAGGAACAAAGUGGACCCGAGUUCCCGAUUUAUCAACGGCCAGUCGUUGGUUUCGUGGUCCAGAAUUGCUUCGACAAGACGGAGACGCCUGGCCCGAAAUCCCUAAUCUCGGAAAACCGACGACAACAGAGCUUCGUCCGCAUCUACUUCUUCAUGCACCAACGGUGGACCCGGUCGUUAAUCCGCAAAAAUGCUCCAAAUGGGUUCCACUCCUACGUCGCGUAGCAUUCAUAUUCAGAUAUAUCGGUAACUUGCAGCGAUCUUCGAGACGAGAACGAUGUUUUGCUGGACCGCUGACACAGGAAGAACUGACUAAAGCGGAAAACUAUUUGUACCGCCAAGCACAGUCAGAGAAUUACGCCGAUGAGAUCGCAACGUUGACUGAGAGUUACUUCUCGAAAGGAGAGCAAAAAAAGAUAAUCAGAAAUAACCUGCUCUUUCGCGGCGCCUUCCUGGACGAAAACGGUGUUGCUCGCGUCCGGGGUCGAACAAAGGCAUGUUUAUUCAUUGAUCGUGAUGCUGCUGAACCCAUUAUUCUUCCUCGGAAACACCACAUCACCCAACUGAUCAUCGCCGACACACACGAGCGCUUCAACCAUCAAAACCACGAGACAAUCGUCAACGAAGUCUUGCAGCGCUACCGUAUUCCUCGGCUGAAAGCAACGUAUCAUGCAAUCCGGAGAAACUGUCAACGAUGCAAAAAUGAUCGAGCGAAACCACAACCUCCAGCGAUGGCUGACCUUCCGCAGUCACGUUUGGCUGCAUUUAGCCGCCCGUUUACCUACAUGGGGGUGGAUUAUUUCGGUCCAAUACUGGUCCUGGUAGGACGACAUUCGGAAAAACGGUGGGGGGUUCUCGCCACCUGUCUAACUACUCGCGCCAUUCACUUGCAGAUAGCUUACACACUGACUACCGACUCUUGUAUUAUGGCAAUUCGAAAUGUCAUGGCUAGGAGGGGUGUCCCAGCAGUCAUCUACAGCGAUCGGGGAACUAAUUUCCAGUCUACAAGCAAGCUGCUCAAGGCAGCAAUCCAGCAGCUCGAUCACGACAGACUGGCAAGCGAGUUUACAUCAAGCCGCACUCAGUGGGCUUUCAACCCACCGGUUUCACCACAUAUGGGAGGAGCAUGGGAACGGUUGAUACGUAGUGUGAAGUCUAACUUGGCUAAGCUUCAGCCCAGUAGGCUACCCACCGACGAAGUGCUGCAAAAUGCCUUGAUCGAAGUCGAGAACGUCGUGAACUCAAGACCACUGACUAGCAUUCCCAUAGAUGACGAUGAAUUGCCCGUCCUAACACCUAAUCAUUUCUUACUAGGAUCAGCAAACGGUUUGAGGUCGUGGGUUCCCUUCGACGACAGCAGUUUCGUUCGAACUUUGAGUCAACGAUUAUUACGACGUCACCGACCGUAA